AUGGCAUCAGAAAGGAUGGAUGCUCCAGAUUUACCAGACUUUACCAUUCUUAAAAGGCUGGCUCGAGACCAGCUGAUCUACCUCCUGGAGCAGCUCCCUGGAAAAAAAGAUUUAUUUAUUGAACCUGAGCUGAUGAGCCCACUGGAUCGUAUUGCCAACGUCUCAAUACUGAAGCAACAUGAUGUUGACAAAUUGUACAAGCUUGACAACAAACCCAUUUACACCAACUCUGACCAAUUGUGCUUUUUGAUAAGACCUCGUAUUAAGCAUGUGAAGAAUAUUGCCAACCUUGUGAAUACAGACAAGAAAUCUAAAGUCAGUAGAAAAUACAAGAUUAUAUUUAGCCCCCAAAAAUUUUAUACAUGUGAUAUGAUUCUGGAGCAGGAGGGGAUAUAUGGUGAUGUGACCACUGAUGAAUGGUCAUUUUACCUACUUCCACUGGAUGAUGAUAUUAUCAGCAUGGAGCUGCCAGAAUUUUUUCGGGACUAUUUUCUAGAAGGAGACCAAAGGUGGAUUGGCACUGUGCCCCGAGCUCUUAAUUUAUUGAAUUCCAUCUUUGGUCCCAUCUCGAAGAUAUACGGAAUUGGAAGGUGUUCUAAGAUGGUCUUUGACAUGUGGCAGAAGCACCUGGAUGAUGGUGAAAGUGAUCGUAAAGAGCGAAAACCAGAAAUAGGACUUGCAUUCAUGAUUGACAGAGAUGUGGAUUAUGUCACUCCGUUGUGCUCUCAGGUGGUGUAUGAAGGGCUUGUUGAUGAUAUUUUCAGGAUUAAAUGUGGAAGUGUGGAAUUUGGGCCAGAAGUGACCUCUUUUGAUAAAAGUAUUAAAGUUCUUCUAAACUCUCAGGAUAAGGUGUUUGGUGAAAUUCGGAAUGAGCAUUUUUCCAAUGUCUUUAGCUUUUUGAGUCAGAAAGCUCGCAAUCUUCAAAGUCAGUAUGAUAAACGUCAAGGGAUGGACAUUAAACAAAUGAAGACUUUUGUUUCCCAAGAACUGAAGGGAUUGAAACAAGAACAUCGGUUACUGAGUUUACAUAUUGGGGCCUGUGAAUCAAUAAUGAAGAGGAAAACUAAACAAGAUUUUCAGGAGUUACUGAAAUCUGAGCACUCAUUACUGGAGGGAUUUGAUAUUCGUGAGAGCAUCAGUGUAAUAGAAGAGCACAUUAACAGACAGGUUUCUCCCAUAGAUAGUCUACGCCUGCUAUGUCUUCUGUCCAUCACAGAGAAUGGUUUAAUACCUAAAGAUUACAAAUCACUGAAGACUCAGUACUUACAGAGUUAUGGCCCAGAGCACCUGCUAACAUUCUCUAACCUUAAACGAACUGGCCUUCUCACUGAACAAGUCCCUGGAGAGACGCUGACUGCUGUGGAGAGCAGAGUCAGUAAACUGGUCACAGACAAAGCUGCAGGAAAAAUUACUGAUGCAUUCUCAUCUUUAGCCAAAAAGAGUAAUUUUCGAGGUAUUAGCAAAAGACUUGGACUAAUUCCACGUGUGGAUGGAGAAUAUGAUCUGAAAACCCCAAAGGACAUGGCCUAUGUCUAUAGUGGAGCUUACAUUCCAUUAAGUUGUAAAUUAAUAGAGCAGGUUUUGACUCGUAAAGGUUGGACGGGUCUUGAGGAGGUUGCACGUCUGCUUAAUGGCAAUGAGUUUGCAGCUAAAGAGCAACUCUCAGACAGGAAUUCAUAUUCAGAAUCACAGAGGAUCAUCCUGGCAGUUUUCCUUGGAGGAUGCACAUUUUCAGAGAUCUCAGCUUUGAGGUUUCUGGGAAAAGAGACAGGUUACAGAUUUGGUUUUUCUAACUACAUCUAUUACCAAAUGCUGCACGGAUGAUGGAAUCAU